AUGAUGUGCGGGCGGCCGUGGAGAGGCGCAAGAGGAUCCACGGCGCCGAGCAGUCGGAUACCAUCUUCGCAGAUAUAUUCCAGAAGGUCAACGCGAAGAAGGGCCGGCUCAGCCAGGUGCGCGCGACGUCCGUGGCCAAGAACACGGGGCUCGUCGCCGACACCGAGAAGUACACGCAGAUCGUGGAGAGGGAGCGCCCUGACUGGAGCUCGGACCUCAAGCGCAUCGGCGUCGCGGCCCUCUGCAUGUAUCGGUCGCGCUCAGUGGACGUGGGGACCGUGCAGCACGUGCAAAUGAUCUGGAUCAUACUGGGCGACCGCCUUCUCCGCGCCCACAACGGACGGGCUUACUUCUACGAUCAACGUCUCGGUUACUUCGACGUCUUCGACGGCCUCCUCCCGCCAGAGCUGCUCUUCGCGGCGUCUCGCUUCAUGCUGACUCUGGAAGGAAUAUUCAGGGAUUUCCCGUGCGGCGUGGAGCGAGUGGAUUCCGCCGUGAUCACUGCCAUCGACAGCGCUGUUGAGAACGCGGUUGCGAAGAUCAACGGAGACAUAUCUUACGCAGUUAAGGAGGCGGCCGCGCUCGUCUCGAUCCGCGACAACUGCGUGUUCAACAAGGGCAAUGCGAUCUUGCAGAAAGCAAAAGGCAAGGGCAAGGGGAUUGCGGCGCAAGCGCCCGAUGGCGAGGGCGAAGGCGAGGGGCGGGGGCGCGGUGCCGAGGACGCCGAAGGCGACGACCUCACCAGGGCCUCCGACGCGUGGCACAUCGCAGUCGCCCAGACAAUCAGUCAGGUAUCGACCAAAUUACAGACAGAACUUCUCAGCAGCAAAAUCAUGUCGUACUUUAUUGAAUGGUGCUCUCAGGACACCAUGCGAUCUGCUGGCGUCGCCUACGAAGACUGCAUCGUGAAGUACGAUGUGCUGGGUAAUCCUGUGACAUUUUCUUCUGAGCGAUCACCUGAGAACUCGGUAUACAUUGGCAUCCGCUCGCAGCUCCUGUCCACUGACCCCGUGCUCGACGCGGCGGUGGUCCGCGUGCAGAAGAUAUAUUCACAGACGUUCUGGUCCAUUCCAGAUGCUUUCGUGUUCGGGCAGGCGGCCCAGGCGCUCGCGAAGAGAGGCUACAACGUUGACACUAUCACAGUGCAUUGGGGACCUGGCGGCGUCGGUUUGAGUCUGCUUACGAGCAAUUUGGAGGCGAUGUACGGCCACAAGAAUCACAAAUACUUUGAUCCCAAUGUAUGUUUCGUCGAUGACGAGUUACGCAAGGUGGUCGAGCUGCUGGUCGACGGCUUUAUCUUCACAGGUCAAGAACGACCCAGCGGACAACGCGGAACGAUGCGGGAGGAUUGCGGCUCUGGCGUCAAACGCGCCGCGGCUGGUAUAUUGGUUACUCGCGCCCCGGACUUACUCGAGAAAUUUGCCACAGCGGAGGGUGUUUCUGGAAGACUUCCGUAUUCAAUAUUGACCAAUAUGUUUCGCAUUGUGGGUUGGAAGAGACUCGAGGUCAACAAGUUCCUGGUGUUCGACGAUAUCACUGAGCAGAACGUGGAGUCGUUGAUGCGCAGGCUUGCCGUGGUGAAGAUACAGGCGCGGUUUUUCGAUCGCAUGUAUGUUGAGCAGAACUUCGGCGACGCCGCGGCCGCCGGGAUCUUCGCCCGCGACCCAGAUGCGAAGGAGUUUCUCAUGUCCUCCGUCGGCGUCGCCGCUGGGCAUCGAGUGCAGUUCGCCUUCGAGGACGAUAACGGCGCGGAGGCGUGUCGCGACAUUAUCGUUCGGUAUGCCCGCUGCGGUGGCGAUCGAGGAAUUACGGAGAAGUCGCUGCGGCAGGCUUGCGGCCUCCUCGAGAAGACGUCGAACGUGGCUGGGUCCCUGCAGGCGGAGAUCGACGCGCCCGACUCGCAGGAGCACGGGUGCAAAGCCCCCAAGGAGUGGUUAGAUUUCAGCAUGGCACUCAUUCAAGAAUAUCAAAAGAAAAACAUGGACUUCCUUACGCUUCCAGCUUUCAAGGCGAUGACGCUGCCGACCAGUUGCAAGCUUCCUGCCCCUAAGCCGAAGGCCUUUCAGCGCCUGCAGACAGAGGGCCUAUGGGUGGGCAUCGGAACAGUGGGCAAGGCGGCCGAUCGCAUCGCGCCGCGCAUACGCACCAAGAACGGCAUGAGCGCGCUGAUCGACGAGAGCUUGAUGGGCGCGUGCAACUACCCAGAGGUUUACGACAUGAAGUCCUUUCGGUCAGUAUUCUUUGAGCACGGAGCUCGCAAAACUAACGCUAUGGUUCUGGCGGAUGCACUGGGCAAAGGCAUUCGGCGCCCCGGCCGACAGGCUGCCGAGAAGGCUGCGCGCGAGGCGGCGUGGUCGGAGAGGGCUGAAUCAGUUCGACGCAUGGAGUCCUUCAUCGAUACUUUGGCGCGCAGGGACAAGCGCGUUCAGGAAAUCAAGAGGAGGCGCGUUUCGGCCAAGGGCAGCGGCCCGAGCUCGCAGGGGGAGUCGGCUCAUUUCGACGACGAGGUUCCGAUUACGGUUUCCACGGGGUACCAUCACAAGGUGGAGUGGUCUCGCCUCUUCGUCGACGACUCUGUGGGCGCGCAGUCCAUGGACCAGCGCUUGCAGAAGGUUUUGCUCACCAACACGUUCGAUUUGGACAUGGAGAACUUCUUGUUCUGCAUCCUUCCGCAGAUGUUGAAGCGGCUGAGCCUCCUGGACGAGAAGGUCGCGUGCGGGGCAUCCGCGCCCGCUGCUUUCAAGGGGAAUGAGUUCCUUGCUGCCCUGUCCAGGGCGUCCAGGAUGCUGAGGUGGCUGGCGGUUUCGCUGCUGCCUGACGUGCACCGCGCGAUGCAACAGCAGGAGGGGGAAUGGGCGGAGGCUUCUACAUUUAGUUAUCUAUGGCAGGGCGUAGAGAACAACAUAUUGCAGCACGUCGUCACUUUCAUCUGCGAGGAGCGCGUGAAGCACCUGUCCUUGCAUUUCGACGGCGUGCGCGUGGACGUGGACCGCGUCGCCGCGACGGGGAGCUUGGGAGAUUUCUGCUCGGGCUGCUCUGAGCGAGUUCACGCCGCCACCGGCUACGCCGUCACGUUGCGCAACAAGGAGCAUUCCUAUUUCUUCGACCUCCUGCGUGCGAAGAGCGCGGCAGUCGUUGAUGAGGGCGGCCCGCACAGCAACGAAGACAACAAGCAUCUGUUUCUACGGGGCAACUGCAUACCCUGCGCGUUCGCAGCAGUGACUGAUCAGUGGCAGAGCGUGCGAGAGAAGAUUUUGGAGCAGCCGGUCGAGGAUGUCAGGAAGUACCGCGACGUGGCAGAAGUGCUGGGCACGAGAUUCUUUCCGCGGGCGAGCCUCCUGGACUGCCAGGAAGGGGGCUACCUUCUUCACGCGGAGAACGGCGGGCUUCCGCAUUGCGUCGGCGCGCUGAUCCAGGGCGGGAGCGUUGUGAUCUGCGAGAAGGGCGCUGCUCGUAAGAUGAGUGUUUUUGAUUUCGAGGAAUGCUACGCCAGCGCGCUCGACAUGACGAUGGUCGUGGCUUUCCGUCUGGGCGAUAGCAUUGAUGCUGAGGAGAGCGCGCGGCUGGACGGGCUGCUGGAUCUCCUGGCUGCUGGCCGAUGGGAGGAUGACGGGCCGACUCCGCCGUCGAGGAAGCGACGUCGCCUCGCCUCCAAGGCGGCAAAAGCAGCGCGCGGCAGCCCUGUGUCAUCGUCUUCGCCGUCCCCGACACCUUCAGCGCGCUCCGCGACCCGUUCGAACAUCAACUCCAGGCGCCACAAUGAGAACCUCAAUUUCUUCGAACUGCUGCACGCGAAGGGCUUGGCGGUAGACGAUUACGACAGCGGCGCGCCGAGCAGUGCGGACGACCAGCUGUUUCGGCGCGGCAACUGCAUACCCUGCGCGUUCGCAGCAGCGACUGGACAGUGGCAGAGCGUGCGAGAGAAGAUUGUGGAGCAGCAGGCCGAGGAUUUCAGGAAGUACCGCGACGUGGCAGAGCUGCUGGGCACGCGAUUUUUCCCGCGGACCAGUCUCCAGGAUUGCACUGAGGGGUGCUACCUUCUUCACGCGGAGAACGGCGGGCUUCCGCACUGCGUCGGCGCGGUGAUCCAAUGCGGGGAGGUCGUGAUCUGCGAGAAAGGCAAGGCGCAGAAGAUGAGCGUGUUCGUUUUCGCGGAGUGCUACGCCAGCGCGCUCGACAUCAAGACGGUCGUGGCUUUCCGCCUGGAUGAUGGCAUUGACGAUGACGAGAGCGCGCAGUUGGACGGGCUGCUGGAUCUACUGGCCGCUGGAGACGACGAGGGCAGCGAAGCCAGUUGCGACGAGGAGAGCUGUGACGAAGGCACUGUAGACGUACGCUCCGAGCUACUGCGGGCGCUGAAGGCGGAGGUGGACGCCGCGAAAGCGGCCGUGGGUCGCGGCCGCCAGUCGCGUUGCAUUCUCUGCCCCUUCAAGGAGUUCGACAUGAGCAGCCCCAAGGCGAAGCGGAACUUGCUGACGCACCUGUCGAAUUAUCAUAACCCAGAGAAGAAGAGCCAACGAACUGGUACGAGGCAGAUGGGCUGCGGUAACUACGUGGCGUCUGGCACGAAGCAGAUGAAGAUGGUCUCCGCGAUGUUCAAUUCCGACCGAUGCCAGGGAAAAAGCCAGGGACGGCAUCUCGAACGCAGUGCCCAGAUGUUGCGACAGAGUGUGAAGCCUGCGCUGACCUGCCUCAGGAUUGAUCGCGACAUCCGUAUCCUGUUGGACGGCGCUGGCCCGACGUUCAUCAACGCAGCCGCUGUCCAGUCCUGGCCGUUCGAGGGCCCGACGACGCUGGCGAGGCGUGUCGGGGAUACGUACUACAGCCACGCAUUCGCGGAGAUUCUCUUCAAGGAGUUCAUGCUGAACUACGGGGCGGCCAUGCGCAUCAAAGGGCAGGCGAAUUACCGGGACUCUGCGGAGAAGAGAGCCGCCGCGCCAUUUGACGACACGGUGGCCAAGAGGCGCAUCCCCACGGUGCGCGGCCGCACGGCGGCCGUCGCAGGCAUGCGGCCGAUCGCGUCUGAGGCCGCGCGGAACAUCAAGGAUAUGCUUCAGAUGCGUCUUCCACAAGCAGCUCUCGAUCAGUGCCGCUCGAUCGCGACGGACGAACCUUCUGGUGAGUUGUACGGCCAGUUGCUAGAGAUCUGCAAGAAUCUGACGUGGCUCAGCUUGGACCCAGUGCACCUAGCCAUCGUUUACAACUCGGCUCACUGGAAAAAAGCAUACGCCGUAGGGCAGACAGCGCUGCGCACGGUUCUGAACACAUUCAACAAGAUUGAUUAUCAGGCAACCUCGGACGCGUGGGGCCCAGCGUAUACUGGCGGACAAUUGCAACCUCUGACCCCAGACCAGAACAGAAGUCGGGACGCAGUGAAGAACGGCAGCAUGCCCAGCCGAGAGGCGCAGCGCCUCCUGGACAACCUGAACGGGGAAGAGCCUUUUAAGAACACCGAUGAUUUCGUCAGAGCCAUGGCGGCUAUUACAUCAGUGUACUGGGAUGAGGUGAACCGGGGCACGGCGAGCGGGCGGCUCUUGGUAGAUGUGCUCUGGUCGGCUACGUCGGUGGAGCGGGCGCAGUUCUUGUUCAACAACACGCGGAUGCGCCACUCCCUACCCAAGAAGUACCAAUCGCUGAUUGGUUCUGGCACGUCGCCGAACGAGGCGCUGCACGCCGAGGUCAACAAGUGGUUCCGCAACCAGCCCGAGCUCUACCUUGAGACGCUGGAACUGCAGCUGGCGGCGGCCACCCACGCCAAGCUGAUCGCGCACAACGCCGCCAUGUACGCGCCAGCUCUGAGAGCGCUCACCUCGCAGACUGUGCUCGCGACUGCGAUGGGCCGCCAGCUCGCAUCCCCUGACGAAUGGCAGCGCUUCUGCGCGGCGCAGGCAUCGGGUGUUGGCGCGCCUGCGAAGGCGUGCCUGCCCAAGAGCGCCCAGCGGAAGGCAUCUCAGCCACUGGCCAAGCAGUGGGCAAAGGAUCGUAAGAACUUUACGUCUAUCGUUCGGAAGAGGCCGGCGGCAAUGAAGGCUGCGCAGAAGAGGCCG